AUGGAAUGCUAUAAGGAAGUGGAAAAGAACUCAAAGAUGAAAUCGUAUUCGAACCAGUCUAUCAUGCUAGCUGCAAUGGACAAUGGGGAACAAGGACUAACGCCGGAAGUUGAAGAAGCCCUAGAAUUCCUAGAAGGGAUCCUUGAGAGCUUGGGAGAACAAAACGAAGCCUUGGAUGAGGAAUAUGAAAAACUAUCGCAGAAGAAGAUCAGAAAGAGUAACAUGCUGGCAAUAGAGGAGAGGAAACAGGAGAUUGACACGUUUAAAUCGAAGAAUGAGUUUCACAUUGACAGUAUAGAGCAAGUGAUGCGUUUCCUCAGAGAGGGGAAGGUGGAUGUUGGUCUGAUAUGGGCUGUACAAGACGAUUUGACCUUCUAUGUGGAAUCGAACCAGGAGCCAGAUUUUGUUGAUGACGAAACGGUUUAUGAUGAGAUAAUCAAAGAAGCUAAAGACAAUAGUGCCAAAAACAUUGUGGUUUCAAAUGGACAUGAUGACACAGUUGACACUAGUCUAUUGAGCAGUCAAGAGGAACAUGAAUCAGUGGAACCAAAAGCCUCAGAUAGCUCGAAACGCAAGCGCACAGCCUCAGCCUCUCCUGCUCCACAACAACAUUCUAACCCUGAAAUAACGCCUAAAGUCAACCCAGUCAGAGUUUCGACACCGAAAGUCAAGCUUGUUGAGAAAACUACCUCGAACGAUAAUUCUAGUCCUGCUUUUGUCACUACUCUCAAACCAGCAUCGACACCGUCAAAACCAGCUGGUACUUUGAAGUGGUCUGUUGCUGCAGGUGGACACAGCUCUGAACAGAGCCAGAACAAUGUGAAACCAGUGUCGGUUUCUGAGAACACAGAAAAGGAGAAAGAAAAAGAGAAGGAGCCAACGAAGAGCACAAGUGUUAGUAAAGAGUAUCCAACAAAGAAUGAGACUGACGCUUCAUCGGAGUUACUCUCUCUACUCACAAAGAAUGACGAAUAUUCGCCGUAUUUGGAGGUGUUGAAAAACUCUGCAUUACCCCAAUGUGAGUUGGAGCUAUUUUGCGAUGUGAAUUUGUUAAGGGUUCCACCUGGGAUCCAAGACUUUGCAGUCUCGUUCACUGCAAACAACAAAGCCAAAGAUGCAUCGAGAUUCUUAGCAAAGUCAGAGACAUAUGAUCCUUUCCGCACGCUAAUCCACAAGUCAUACCUUCCGAAAGGGCUUUUCGAUGCUGAAGCAGAACCUCAGUUCAAACCUCCAUUAUUUGUUUCAAAGAUUGAGAACUACUGGAAUCGCAUAAGGGCAGGCAACCAGUUUGAUCAGUUUUUGAAGGAGAUUGAAACCUUGGCAUCACAGAAAACUCCUGAAAGCGCGUCAAUGGUCAAUGAACUCACGAUGGUUUUAUUUUAUGGCUACUACUAUGGGUAUUUGCCACUAGAAAACAUCAUUGCUGAGUCUCUUCUUCACAAGUUGGGCUGGGUACCAUAUGGUAUGCGACCUGAAGACAAUCGAGCAUCUGCCAAAUCGGAGUCAAACAAGCAAUUCCAGUACUGGUUUAAAAAAUUGGAUGAGCUGAGCACGGGUGACAAUGACGAUUUGAAGGAUUUCAAGGUUUUUGACUUGUCUGUGUGGGAAAUUUAUGUCAAGCACGGUGUCAAGUUUGACGUAAAACUGAGCCGAAGCGAGCCUUGCAAAAGUCUCUUGUAG